CGCCGAGCGUCCAAUUUUAGCGCGCUCUUAAUACCUGAGGCAGCAACGCUAAAUCCGCAACUGCCAACUCGAUUGCCCCACGUGAUCGAUACUUCUGAACCUUUGGUAUUCACAAGCAGUAAUUUACGCUUUCGAUAACGCGGAACGUUCAUUCGAUUGAAUUCACACUACGGUCAUGAAUCAUUCUUUCCACACCCAUACCCGCGAUUUAUUUAUUUAAAGCUUGCUGUGGGCGCGAAAAAAUAACAUCCAUACAGAAAAGCAUUGCGAUCAUGGUCCCAGUGUCACGAAAACGAUCGACACCUACAUCCAGCGACGACGACAUGGAGGAGCCUUAUCGAAAAAGGCAACGCAUGUCGCCCGUCCUCCCACAAACCCCUCCGCCCGAGCUCGAAUUGUCGCGUCCCGAUAAAAUGGAGUCUUCACUUUUCGACAGCGACGUACGGAUGCUAUUGCGACGAACGAUUUGUCAGACAUUGGAACACGUUGGGUUUGACCGGGCGACGGAAGAAGCGUUGGAGGCCAUGUGUGCCGAAGUCGAUACUUAUACGACGCAUCUACUUGCUCAAGUCACUUCUUCGAUGAAUAAUGCGAGAAGAAAUAUUCCCAUACCCCUCGAUAUAUCGUACGCGUUUAAUAGGUAUCAAUUACCUCUCGCUUCGUUAGAACCGCAUCUGCGACCUCCAAUCUCCGUACCGAAGCUUGAAUUAGAAUUGGAACCUAUACCAAAGGAAGAUCCUACGACGAAGAAUGUCAUAAGGAUAUUAGGAGUCGAGCUCAAUGGUGAGGUGGAAAAGGCACAGAAAUCAUAUAUACCGAAAGGAUUCCCCGCCUUUCCUAGUAAACAUACAUUUAAAUGGACGCCCAAAGAGAGCGAACGCUUAACUGAUCCCCGAAAAAUCCGGGAGAAGGCUGCGGAGAAUGCCAAGAUGGGGGAGGAGGCUCUGAGACGUCUGGUGAAGGUUGGAAAGGUGGGCAAAGAUAGGGAAAUGAAACGAAUGGCUGGUAGAGAUCCAAAGAGUAAGGAACGGCAUGCGUUGUGGGAACGUACCAUGUUGGAACUGGGAAUUACAAAUUCUGGUAGUGGAAGUGGGAGUGCAAAUACAAGGCUGGCGCUAGAUGAUCGCAGUAUGGUAGUUAAUGCAGAGAAGCAGUAUUUCAGAAAAGGUGCACCGGCAAGAAAAAGAACGCAACCACAGCCGCAGCCUCCACCUUCGCCUAUGGAUGAGGAUUUGGUGUCGUUGGAGUCGUAGGGAAAUGGAUUAUAACAAAAAAGAUACGAAUAAUAAUUUGGGUUUGGAAUCUCAGGUAUGGGCGGUGGAAUGCAUUAUCAGCGAGGAGUUCUGGGGUUGAAUCAAUCAAAAGGAUCAAAUUUUGGGAGCCGGUAGCUCAAUGAAGGACGGACUCUUGCAGGAGCGAGAGGUAUUUCCUUAUAUAUGUAAAUCUACAUAAACCGUUGCUGUUCAUGCGCAACUUUACAUACACCUUACCAAAACAACAUACUUUCAAUCAACAAUUCUCAUAAAAGAGUAUGGACCUGUUGUAACGCCAAUCAUAGACCUGAACACCAUCGCAAUGCACCAGGUAUAUCCAAUACAAUCAUCUAUUUGACCUCAAGGCCAAGCACCCGGAUCAAUUUCUGUCCCCAAAUCCCUGUCCUCUAAAAACUUCCUGCCUCUCAACUCGUCGGGUAGGUAUUCUUGAACUACUCUACCCUCCUUGUAAUUAGGAUUGUAUUUGUACUGAUCUCCAUACCCCAACUCUUUCAUCAAUUUCGUAGGUGCAUUUCUCAAAUGAAUAGGGAUGCUUAAACUAGCUACCCCAGGUUCCCUCAGGGCAGAAUAUGCGUUGUUUAAUCCUCUGUAUGCUCUGGUACUUUUGGGGGCUAGGCACAGAGCCACAGUAGCAUGAGCCAUUGUGAUUCGACAUUCAGGCAUACCGAUUUUCUCGCACGCGGUGUAUGUGCUGGUUGCGAGCGUUAGCAUGGUGUUGUCGGCCAGUCCUAUAUCUUCUGAUGCCAUAACUACCAUCCGCCUAGCUAUGUAGAGAGGGUCUUCUCCGGAUUGAAGCAUUCUUGCAAGGUAGUAUAGAGCAGCAUCUGCGUCACCACCUCUUACUGACUUGUGGAAAGCAGAGAUAGUAUCGUAGUGUUGAUCGCCAGCUCUAUCAUACACCAGCGUCUUGGUAAGGGACGCUUUGAUAUCUUCCUUAGUAACAUUGGGUCUUGUAGACAAGCCCAUGGCUAGCUCUAGGAGAUUCAGGGCCGUCCGAGCAUCACCGUCAGAAAAGGCAGAUAGAUACUUUAAGAGCUCUGUAUCCACAAGAUCUGUAGGGGUGUAAUUUGGCCCCUCGGUCUUCAAAGCCCUCUCUAAUAUCUUCAAUAUGUCAUCGUCCGUCAACUUCGAUAAUGUGAAUGUCCGGCAUCUAGACAGUAAAGCAUUCUGGACUUUGAAAGACGGAUUCUCGGUCGUAGCUCCUAUUAAAGUAACCUGCCCACUUUCCACAGGCCCAAGAAAUACAUCCUGCUGACUCUUCGAAAAUCGAUGAAUCUCAUCGCAGAAUAUUAUCGUCUUUCUUCCAGUAAGCCCCAGUUCCCCUCUUGCCUCAGCGAAUAUCUUCUUCACCUCCCCCACCCCAGUAGACGUACUAUUGAUCUCGACAAACCGACUUCCUACCAUCGCAGCCACACACCGUGCAAUUGUAGUUUUACCCGUGCCAGCGCCACCCCAUAGUAUCAUUGAUGGGACACGAUCUUGUUCAAUGAGACUGCGUAAAACUCCAUGUGGCCCAACUAACUCUUGUCCACAUACUUCGUCUAGACUUCUCGGACGCAUUCGUUCUGCUAGCGGAGCGACCUUUUGAAAGGCAUUGGUCUUAGUCUUCUUCGCCGGCGGAUCAACAGUCUCGUUUUCCCACUGCAUCUCUGUCUCGGCAUCGUCAAAUGAUCUCUUCCGCUGAACAGUCAGGGAUCCACUCGCACUCCCAUCUUCUUGCCGCUUCGCAGUUGUAUUUCCAUUCUGCACUUUCGGUUGAAAAUUGGGUGUCGAAUUGGGUUCUAUCUUUGGGGUAGGAUGCAAUGCUGUUUUCUUAGUCGCAGGUGUCGAAAAGAAGUUGGAGACGGAAGGCUUCUGCGUGGAGGUUGGUUUCUGUGAAACAAAUGCAUUCUGCUGAGUAAGUGGAGGAGAGAAUGUGUCAAUGAAGUCUUCACAUCCCGAAUCAAUGUGACUAUUAAUGUCUUUAGCUUUCACUUGCUUUUCGCAAAUGGGGCAAGCAACCAUGCUGAGCAAUUAGUGGGAAUUGACUCUAAGUAAUAGGUUUGGUUCAUGAUCAUCAC